UGUGGGUGGGAGAGAUCCUAACAAUACGUCACACGAGGCCCCAUUCCGUUGUAUAUAAAUGAUUCGUAGUCGUUCGGGACCCGUUGUGUGCACUCGUAGUCAAAGAUGCGUGGGAGUACGGCCGGGUUAGGCGACACGCUCGCGACUGGCUCGCGGGCCCGUAGCCUGCUUUUAAAAUUCGCAGAUGAGGUGUUCGGAAGUGCUGUAGUAGCCCCCGCGGUUGUGACUUACUGGAGAGGGACCUGGUCGCUGAUGGACUUUUACGUCCUGCCUAAAGAACCUGUGAACAGCGGGAUAGUAGCCCUCGUGUUUGGUUGGUGCGUGAACUUCUUUUUGUGCGUAUUCCAGACGCUGUUGAGCAAGCAUAUACGCCCUGAUAAGGGUAGAUUUACGUAUUAUGUGCUCUCGAGACUAUACACUUAUGUGGCUGCGUUGGCGUGUGUUGGCGUGUGGCGAGGAGUUCGGAACCUUCUCGACGCAUUCACGGAAGGUAGUGCACCAACUGUCAUUUACAUCACGGCAGCAGCGACGUUAUCGCUAGCAGCGUUACGGAGUCUGAGGAAUUUAUCAGCUGCCCCGUUCGCUGUUCUUGUUGAUGCACCUAAGGAUUUUUUCACUGUUCCUACUUUGUUUAGAACGAGUAGUAAGGAGACAGCUCUAUACAUAUUGGACUCUUUGUUUUCUGUGACUGUGAUAGGGUCACUCGUGGUGGUCGUGUGGGGAGGUCUAUGGGGUUUGAUUGACAUUUACCUCUACCCAGAUGACCCUGUCAAAUCUAACUGGAUGUCACUUAUAAUUGGUUACUCUAUGGUAUUUGUGACGUUUUCGCUGCAGACGCCGAUGCGGUGGGUUGUCGCAAGACUUCAGGGAGCCCCAAGACUGUUAAUCGCUGAUGUUUACCACUUUCUUUCGUUCGCUUCCACCGUCAAUGUAUGGCGAGCGGUUUGGGGAUUUCUGGAUAUUUAUUUUUUUCCAGAUUCGCCUCUCUUAAGCAACUGGUCUUGCCACAUCGUAAGUCUGGCGUUGCUGAUUCUCUUGAAUUGUUCGAAUUCAAUUCUUGUAAGAGGAGUUUAUAUUGACGGUGAGGAACCUGCAGGCGAAUGCGUCAUUUUCUCCUGCCACUACCUCCGACACUUCAUUCAGAAGCAAAAAACAAAUCGUCAUAAAGCGUUAGACUUAAAGAAGAAAAUGGAAGAAGCAAGUGUGCCUUUACAAGCACCAGAAGAGAAAGUGUAGGCAGCCAUGGUUAUGUAUUGGUUGUUCAAAUAUUGCCGGAAUGGAAAAAGCAUUAUUCUGCGCCUGUUAUUACGAACAUAGCUCCGACAUAGUGCACUGAGAUUAACUAUUUAAAGCCAGACAGAUUACAACUAACGAUCAAUGAAAUAAUCUAAAAUCGAAUUAUAUUAGUUCUAAUACAUUGUUUGACUAAUAAAAUAAAUAUUGAAAUUGAAUUUAAAACUGUACUCCAUUGUCUUCAUAUAGUAAAAAUUACUUUGUAUACAAAAACUUUAACAUAUCACUUGUAAUCGAUAAAUUAUUUAUUAUGACUAUAUACUCUAAAUAAAUGAUGUAAUCCAUAUUUUAUUGUAGUUCCCUAUCGAUUCAUUAUAAUCUUGUGCUAAUAAUAAUAGUAAUCGAAACCGAAACAAUCGGAUAUCCGGAAUAAAUAAAUAUAUUAUAUCCGUACUCACAACAUCGGAUAGUUUUGGACAAGGGCGGAGUCUAAAAUCUAGAUAAAACUACACGUUUCGACAGGAUUUUGUUAAUGCUUUCGAUACUUACUAAAAUAAAUAAAAAGAAAACAUUAAAUAUAUUAUACAAAGGUUAUAAGUUAAUAUGUGCAAUGUAUAAAGCUAAAUGUUUUCAGAAAAGCUAAUAAAUUUAUAGCACUUUUAUUUUAAUAGAUAAAAAGGAGGAGGUUUAUAAUAAUUACUUACCUAUAUUAGCGAUUAUAAUACCAACUGAUAACCUAGACUGAGAUAAUACCUAUAUAUAAAACAAAUUAUUACAUACUACUUGUGUUGUAUCUUACUUCAAUCUAUUUAAUUUCAAAGAUUCUUAAUUAUGUUCAACAACAAUUAAUAGUGCUACAUGUCCAGUGUAGAUGAAUACUCUAUUAACCGUGAGUGAAACUAUCCGAAACAAACGGAAACCGAUAUAAUUUUAUUCCUAUAUUCGAAAUAUCAUAACCAUAACAUGUCUAAUUAAUGAUCCUAAGGUAUUAUAUAUUUUCAUCAACAUAAAAUGUAAGAGUGCUGUCUUAUUUUUAUAUAUGUCACCGUAAGAUUGUAAACAUCG